UCAUGGCAGGCGGUAAGUUGGUGCUAGAAGGAAGAAUAAGUAUAAACGCGUUUAUUUUAGGGCUCAGCGUGGUUUUAAUCCCAUUGAUCAGAACCUGGUUUGGACAUUUUGACUGGGUCUUUGAUUAUCUAACGGAAACUGCGGGGAAAACAGCGAUUUGUGUCCAUAUUGCCGUUAUCAACGGCCUCUUGCUAAUCAUAUACAGGGGACCUCUAUACAAGGUUGCUGUGAGAGCCUGUUUUCUGGGGGUUACUUUUGGCUGUGGCUUAAUUAUAAGCUUCUCUGAGACCACCUGGACACAUUUUGGCUGGUACAUGUGCUCCCUGUCAUUCUUCCAUUACUCUGAGUACCUGGUGACGGCCAUCAUCAACCCUCGCAGCCUGUCACUGGAUUCGUUUCUGCUCAACCACAGUGUGGAGUACACCCUGGCUGCUGUCUCGUCAUGGGUGGAGUUCACAGUGGAGAAGCUGACAGUUCCAGAACUGAAGCAGCUGAACUGGUUGAGCUUCGUGGGUCUGCUCAUGGUGCUAUGUGGUGAGGGCCUGCGUAAGGCUGCCAUGUUGACGGCAGGGUCCAACUUCAACCACAUUGUACAGAAUGAGAAGGCCCAGAGCCACGUGCUGGUCACCAGCGGUGUGUACUCGUACUUCAGACACCCCUCUUAUGUGGGCUGGUUCUACUGGAGCACAGGAACACAGGUCAUGCUGUGUAACCCGGUGUGCAUAUUGGGCUACACGAUAGCCAGCUGGCGGUUCUUCCGGGAGCGGAUUGAAGAGGAGGAGGUCUCCCUUGUUCAUUUCUUUGCUGAGGACUAUGUAGAGUACAAGAAGAAGGUUCCCACUGGGCUGCCCUUCAUCUCAGGCAUUCGUGUCAACUAAUCCAAGGAGCUGGAUGCUGGAUGCAACAAACUUAACGCACUAAAGCAGGUCAGACCUGAUGUGUGUGGCAUCUGCCAUGGCGGCUGCCCUCUGGAGGGAAACAGUGCAGCUGGCUGAGAGCCUGUAGCUCACAGAAAGAGACAGUGACAGCUGCAGGGCUGCUUAUUUUCUACCCAACUUCCAAAAUCCAGUUAAAGACCAGACAUCUUCCACUGCACUACAUUUAUUUCAAUAAGAGCCAUUCCAUCUGUUUCAGUUGAGUUUCUGUUUUUAUGCUUUGACCAUGCUUAGGUCACUGAGGACCUGUUUAGAAAAAAUGUUCUGCACUGGGCCCUUCGGGAUCAUAUGUGAGUAGAGAGUUAAAUGACCAUUCCCUGAAGUUUAAAGGGCAGACAUUUGGAGAUGUUUGACAUUCACAGGAAAUCGACCAGAUUCACUAUUUUUCAUUAAAUGCUAAAUUUCUCAAUAUUCCCAAGAAGUUGCCAACAUUAUCCCAAAUUUAGUCAAAAUUCACUAAUUUAGUCUAUUUAAAACCCAACAAAUGCUUAUAGGACUACUCCGAAGCUCUGGUUUAAAUAUCAGUCAUCUGCUGUAGUAGAGCUCUUCACAGGUACCUGUCAAUGGACAUGAGGCAAGCUGGGUCAAAAUGAUCAGUUCAGGCAAACUCCCAUUGUAUUGCUGCAGGUCUCUGAUCUGCAUUUAUCAUCAUUACAAGGAAUGGAUGGAAAGUAUGAAAUGUGCAGGAUCAAUGACAUGCAUUUGUAUCCUCAGGACCAAUUUGGAUCUGUCUUUGUUUUGUUGAACUAGAAUUGCAGUGCAGUCUUUAAAGGCUUCUCUGAAAAGUUGUAUCUUACUCCUUUACACGAGGUGGCAGCUCCUGCAGCAUUAUCCACACUGGUUUUGUCACUCUUAAAAGCCAAACCCAGACUUUGUCAUGACAUUGCCUCCCCAUAGCCCCAAAGCUCUGGCACAUGUUAUGUUAGGUUAGGUCAGGUUAAUUUAAGUUAAUAUGUAAAUCCAAAUACUUUUCAUAAAUUAUUCCCUUUACUGUCCCUUAUAAUUAUGUCCUUUUUCAACGUGGAAUAGCAUCCCAACAGAAUGGACUAUGGCAGGCAUGUCAAACCGAUUCCUUAAAGGGCCGUGUGGCUGCAGGUUUUCAUUCCAACCAAGGUGCUCCUCCUUGGUUGGAACGGAAACCUGCAGCCACACGGCCCUUUAAGGAAUCGGUUUGACAUGCCUGGACUUUGGUAAUGCUAAAGCUGUCCAUCAAACCAAGUAGUUAAUAGCUCUUGAACACAGGGUGAACCAGUGCAUCCAGACAGUGGUAAAGGGAACAAUAGGUCACAUUACUUUUUUUUUAAAUUGAAGAAUUUAUGCACAGAAUCAUUAUUUAUGUAUAAUAGACUUAAUACAACAUAUAAAUAAAGGUUUCUAUCAGGUUUUUGAGACUGUUUGAAUGCAGUUAGUGAGGAAGCUCCAUCAUGUACAGGCUAAUUUAAUUUCAGGCUAAUAGUGGCCUGAUUUAUCCCUAAUCCUGAUUGCCACUUCCUCAUUAUACACUCAGGCUAAUUCAGUCACAAAAUGUUGUAAUGUUGUGAAGACACACAAAGUGACUGUUCCUUGUUACGUUUCUCUAUCAUUUCAUUAAGAUGUUUGUGUACACAGGGGCAUGAGGCAUGAUAAAUGAUUAAAAGUUGUUUCAUUGGAGAACAUAAGAGUUGAUUUCACCUCCUGCACAUUAUCUGUAUGGGAAAGGAAGUGUUCUUUUGUAGCCUCUUGUAUUUUUAUUUAUUUUUUGCUGUUUUUAAUACAAGUAUACAGUGACUUGAAAAAGUCAUGCCCCUUGAACUCUUCCACAUUUUGUCACGUUCCGACCACAAACAUAUAUUUACUGCCAUUUUAUGUGAAAGACCAACACAAAGC